AAAAGCAAAAAAAAAAAAAAAAAAAUUAAAAAAUGGCAGAAGACGCUAAAACGAAACUCAAGUUGGACGACCUAAAAAAGAGAUAUAGAGAAGUGGAAACUGAAAAUGACUUACUUCAAGAAAAAUUGCAUAAAGCUCGUAAAAAUAUCAAAAGGCUACGCUUGGAAAGAAGCUUAUUAUUAGAAAGACUGGAGAAGGGCUACACCCUAAGUAGUAACAAUGAAGACUCUGAUACGAAUUCAGAUGAGUUUUUAGAGUCAGGUUCUCACCAUCAUCAUAAGGUGCAUCACUAUAGUUUGUUGAACAACAAACCCAACGCCAACAAUAUUAAACCUAAUUCAGCAUCAUCUUCAGUAUUAUACAGCAGUAACAACAGUAAACCAACAACUACCACUGUUAUCAAGCCACCUAAGAAAAAGAAGGAUCCAAACGCCCCUAAAGGCCCAGGCAAUGUAUUUUUCUUGUACUGUAGAUUCGAACGUGAUAAAAUUAAGGAUGAAAAUCCAGACGAAAGUGUUGGUGAUGUAACCAAGAUAUUGGCCCAUAAAUGGAGAGCAUUACCUAAAGAAGAAAAAAAGUUCUAUUAUGACAUUUUCAAUAAGGAGAUGAGAGAAUAUGAAGAAGCAAUGAAAACUUAUAAACUGACAGGUGUAAAUAUCAUGGACAAUAAUAACGCUAGUACUCAACAACAGCCACAGCCACAGCAACAUUCUGCUAGUAUUGAUAACAGUAAAGCAGCUGUGGAGUUAUCCAGUGUCUCUUCUCCCGUAACGUCAACUGUUGGUUCACCAGAAGCGGAUUCCAGUAUUCUAAAUCACGAUGAAGAAGAUGAGGACCAAAUUGUUGAUGACGAUAUGGAUGAUGUUUAUACCAGUACACAUAACCCUUCUAUUAUGACUGAUGCAACACCAGCAAAUACUCAAUAACUUCUUACUGUUCUCAAAGAAUACGAAUAAUUUAAUAUAAAUUUUGUAAAUCGACAUAUCUCUGGUUCGUUGGGUACUUGAUUAACCAGUUAAUCGAAACUUUUUCCCUGUAUUCUUUUAUACUCUUCUCAAUAAAAACGUAAACUCAUCAGAA